AUGAUAUCGCGCGAUAUUGGAUUAGCCUGUAAUUAUCGUAAAUGUAGGCAGCCACUUGUUGAUACUGCUAUUGUUACAAUUUGCCAACAUAUAUUCUGCAUUCCUCAUGGGCCCGUUUUGGGUCCAGGUCAACACCGGACUUCAUGCCCCGUAUGCAAUUCUGCUCUAGAUAGAAGCGCUAAUGAUUUCAUUGAAAUCGAUUUGCAACCAUCUGACCGCUUCAAGUCGCUUAUACUCGCUGGUCAAUCUCCGGAACUCAUAUUGGAUAUCGCCAAAAGAGCAAUCAAUUUUUAUGAAUUGCAGCAAUCUCUUCGCUCUCAGUUUCUGGAGUAUAUUGCAGCAAAGGCCUUUGAAAAAACAAAAUCAAUGGAAAAGGAACUUAAAUCCGUACUGGUUAAAAUGAAGGAGGAUAAUUCAGUUUAUCAACACAUGAAGAGUUCUGUAAGUUGGGAUUUGAAGCAAUAA